GCGAAGGCAGAAGUAGAAGCGUUGCCGGUUCUGUAAUUUCGCAUCAGUUUCCAAAGUCUACCAUUUGCGCGCUCUCUUCCCGGUUCCGGAGUUCAUCAGAAAAUCGGGAUCAUAGAUUGAUAAACCAGAGAACGCGCACGUUCUGGCUGUUAUUUUUCUUACCGGAAGCGUUGAAGAUACAGUUUCUGAGUCAUUCGAUGGCGGAGAAGCAGCUGAUAGUGGUCGUUGAAGGUACUGCAGCCAUGGGUCCCUUCUGGCAAACCGUCGUAACGGAUUACAUUGAGAAGAUUGUCAGAUGUUUCGGUGGAAAUGAAUUAACUGGGCAGAAACCACCAACCUCUAACGUUGAGUUCUCUCUGGUCACAUUUCAUACGCAUGGAUCGUAUUGUGGUUGUCUAGUACAGCGGACUGGGUGGACAAGAGAUGUUGAUACUUUUAUACAAUGGCUUUCAGCUAUUCCCUUUUCCGGUGGUGGAUUCAGUGAUGCUGCAAUAGCUGAAGGGCUAGGUGAAGCACUUAUGAUGUUCCCAACUCAGCAAAAUGGUGGUCAAAAUCAACAAACUAUGGAUGUGCAGAAGCACUGUAUUCUUGUUGCUGCAAGCAAUCCUUAUCCCCUGCCAACGCCUGUAUAUAGACCAACGGUGCCAAAUUUGGAGCAACAGGACAAUGUUGAACCACAGUCCGGGAGUUCUCAAUCAUAUGCCGAGACAGUUGCUAAAUCAUUUGCUCAGUGCUUCAUAUCUCUGUCAGUUAUUUGUCCCAAACAGCUUCCAAAGCUAAGAGCAAUUUACAAUGCUGGAAAGCGCAACCUGCGGGCAGCAGAUCCACCUAUUGAUUAUGUUAAAAUCCCCUCGUAUCUUGUUUUGAUCUCUGAAAAUUUUGUGGAAGCCCGUGCAGCUUUAAGUCGUCCUGGAAUUACUAGUUUAUCUGCAAACCAGAGUCCUGUGAAAAUGGACAUAUCUCCUGUUGUGCCUGUUACAGGACCACCUCCAACCACUACUCCAUCAGCAAAUGGACCUAUCAUUAACCGGCAGCCAGUUUCUGUUGCUAAUGUGCCACCUGCUACUGUGAAAGUUGAACCAAAUACUGUUACAUCUAUGACAAAUGGAUCCGCAUAUCCACCGCAUAUGCCAUCUGUUGUUCGUGCAGCUUCACAGGGAGUCCCGAGCUUGCAGACUUCUUCACCACUUUCUUCUCAGGAGAUGAUCACAAAUAAUGAGAACACACAAGAUCUUAAACCUCUAGUGAACGGUGUUUCACAGCCUUUGCGCCCUGUGGGUCCUGCUAAUGUUAGCAUCCUGAAUAAUAUUUCUCAGGCACGAGUGGCUACUUUAAAUGGAGGGACUUCCAUAGGACUUGCGUCUAUGGGUCAAACCCCAAUGGCUAUGCAUGUGUCUAAUAUGAUAUCCAGUGGAAUGGGGUCGUCUGUGCCAGCUGCACAAAAUGUAUUUUCAUCUGGUCAAUCGGGUCUGACAUCAAUAAAUGGGUCUUCAACUCUUACACAGGUUGCGCCAAACUCCGGUCUAAGCUCACUUAGUUCAGCAAAUAACAAUAUUCCUGGAAAUACGAACAUUCCCACUUCACAAGCAGUAGGAAAUCUCCAAGGUGGUGUCAAUGUGAGUCAAUCAGUACCUGGGAUGAGUCAAGGAAAUCUUGCAGGAACACAAGUGGUACAAAGUGGAAUUAGCAUGAACCAGAAUGUUAUUAGCAAUCUAAGCCAACCAGGUGUUUCUUCUGGGAAUGGUACGAUGAUUCCCACUCCAGGAAUGCCUCAACAAGUUCAAAAUGGGAUGCAUUCACUUGGUGUGAGCAACAAUGCAGCAGCUAACAUGCCAUUAUCGCAGCAUACAGCAGGUGCUUUGCAACAAGCACAAUCCAAAUACGUGAAAUUUUGGGAGGGAAAUCUGUCUGGUCAGAGACAAGGCCAGCCUGUUUUUAUUACAAGAAUGGAAGGCUACAGGAGUGCUUCAGCUUCUGAUAAGCUUGCAGCAAACUGGCCGCAGAUAAUGCAAAUAGUUCGGCUUAUCUCACAAGAUCACAUGAAUAACAAGCAAUAUGUUGGAAAAGCUGAUUUUCUUGUUUUCCGAGCUAUGAAUCAACAUGGAUUUCUUGGCCAGCUUCAAGAAAAGAAACUUUGUGCAGUCAUCCAGCUACCAUCCCAGACUUUACUGCUAUCUGUUUCUGAUAAAGCUUGCCGCUUGAUAGGGAUGCUUUUUCCUGGGGAUAUGGUUGUGUUUAAGCCACAAAUAUCCAGUCAACAGCAACAACAACAACAGCAAAUCCAACAGCAACAACAGCAGCAAAUGCAACAGCAACAGAUGCAACAACAGCUACAGCAACAGCAUCAGCUUUCUCAGUUGCAACAACAUCAACAACUUCCUCAGAUGCAGCAACAGCAGCAGCAGCUUCCUCAGAUGCAACAGCAGCAGCAGCAGCUUCCUCAGAUGCAACAGCAGCAGCAGCAACAGCAGCAACAACAGCAGCAGCUUCCUCAGAUGCAACAACAGCAGCAACUUCCUCAAAUACAGCAGCAGCAGCAGCAGCAGCAACUUCCUCAAAUACAGCAGCAGCAGCAGCCCCAACAACCACAAUUGUCACAGCUUCAAACCCAGCAGCAGAUUCCCCAAAUGCAACAACAGCAGCAGCAACAGCAGCAACAAAUGGUCGGGGGUGGAAUCGGUCAAUCGUAUGUCCAAGGUCCUGGGCGAUCACAGUUAGUUUCACAGGGACAGGUCGCUUCCCAGGGUCAAUCCAACAUGCCUGGUGGAAGCUUCAUGGGUUGAUUGCACCAUUCUGGUUUACUUUUAAGUCAGCAUGGUAACACUUAUUAUUAUUUGUGGGAAUCGUGAUAACGCACGAUUUUUAACCGAUAUAGUUUCCUUGCCAUUGCAUUAUAGUGAAUUUGUGUAUAUAUGCCACGAUAUUUGUAUUGACUAUAAUGUCACGUCCAUUAGAUUUGGAAGAAAUGUGAAGUUUUUCCUUUGAAGAGGAAGAAAUUGAGUUGCUUCCCCUAUGAACAUAAACGAGGAUAGUACUGAAAUGGUCCAUUUAGAAUCUGUGUUUCUUUGAAGGAUAUGAUUGAAUUCAUUCUACCAUUUCUUCAAGCCUAAAAAAGGUAUGUAUGAAAUGGAUUCUUAUGAUUUGCAGGAGAUUUUAGAA